AUGUUCUACAGCCACGAAAUCCUCACCAGUCGCAAGUAUGGUGUUGCAACCGUCUGGUUGGUUGCCACCCUCGGCGCAAAGUCAAACACGAAGAAAGUCUCGAAGAAGGCCAUCCUCGACGUCGACGUCAAGAAGGCAUGUAAGACCAUCAUGGAGCCAGAAGCACCAAUGGCAUUGAGACUUCAAAGCAAUCUUCUCUACGGUGUCUCCAGAGUCUACAAUCAGCAAUGGGAAUACCUCCUCGUAGACGCGCAAUCUGCCCAGAACAUGGUCCGAACUCUGUUUAAAACUGCGCGCAAUAACGAUCUUGAUGUCAGUGCUGGAAAGUCCCACCCUGACCUGCUCAUUAUGAUGGACGAUCCGGCUUUUGCCAUCGAUAUGCCGGCGCCCCUGCCCGACUUCGACUUCGCGAACAUGGAUCUCAACCCCAAGGGGGACUCACAGCGCUCGUCUCAGUCCAUGCUAUCCAUCCGCGGUCGAAGUGGCUCUGUCGUCUCCCACACCUCUUCAGUUCUCGGUCUCAAUAUUCCUUCAAGCAACGGCGGAUCAUACCAACUCCCAAUGCUCGAUCCUUUCGGUGGCUCUUCUAUACAGAAGCCAUUCGGUGCCGGUCCGGGUAUAUUCAACGAUGAGGAGGACAUGGCCUUUCAAGACGAGGAACUCUUCGAGUUUGGUGCUGAUGGUGAAUUUCGCGAGAUCCCGGCAAGUGAGCAUGAUGCACGUCGUCGUGCUGGUAGCGCUAAGCCACAGUACCGCCCGGGGAGUGGUUCUGCUGCAAGUGGACGCGUCCGGAAGGAACACGAGGAUGCUCUCGCUGGUAUUGCUGGCCGCGCACUUGACUUCGAUGGCGAUUAUGAUAUGCCUGUCUAUGGCGACGAAGACUUGCCAAUGUUCCCGGGAGCUGACCCAUUCCCUGUCAUGACUGGUGCUCUAGGUAGUAGCGAUCUUCCUCUGCAUCUGUCUGAUGAGGAUUGCGUUUUCGAUGCCUCUCAAGACUCCUCAGUUUCUGCCGAAGCUCAGAUGACGAAGAAGAAGGCAAAAAAAGUCAAGACUAUCAAGGCUGAUCAAGCUUCAAUAUUGAAAACCGUUGAGAUCGCACGGUGGCAAAAAGAGUAUGUUCAGAAUAUGGAAGUGGGUAACAAUGCCAGAGUCAAGCAGCAGGCCACGCUCCACGCAAAGAAGAACGCCUUUCACUACGUUUGCGGCUCUGGUAUCAGUGGUGUUGGAGAAGGCAUUGGAUCUUCAAAAUUCGCCAGCCCGCUUGCUAUGUUCUCUGGAAAUGCAUUCUUGGCCAAAAUCACUGGCAAGCCAAUUGUUGAGCCGGAGUCAAAGAAGCGUUCAGCACCCGUAUCACCUGACGGGGACGAUAUACCCAACAAGAGAGCCAGAGAAGGUGAGAUUGGCCGUGGUGAAUACGAGGACGACAAUAAUCUCAACAUGGACGACGAUCAAUACCGCGACAAUAGCGUCGAGAUAGGCCGAGAAGCCCAAAGUGCCUUGACCGAUCACCCGCCUUCCGCUAUGCCAUGGAACAUGUCUUCGUCCCUCCACUCCCUGCAGCGUGGUCAAUCUUCUUCCAUCCAAGGUCGUAUCGGUCUUCUGGGCUCUCAACGUGGUUCCAUCAAGGAUCGUCGACUCACCUCGCCCCUCAUCGGUCGUGGCUCUAACGUCCCUGGCGAGCUGGACCACUUCUCUCAAAUGAUGAACGACGAAGACAUGGUCAUGUACGGCCGCUCCGACGAUGGGCUAGGAAUGUCCAGCCAAAUAUCUGCUCUUGCCCCAAGAUUUGGCACUUCAAGCCAAGCAGGUGCCGGAGACGACUUUGAGAUUUUCGGCGCCGCUGCCGACGUCGACACCCAAACUGCUGGCUCUUCGCAGUGGAUGAAGGAUGUCAUGGACCGGGAGAGCAACAAUUUCUUCGAGUAUGUCAAGAACACCAUCGAGGAGAAGUCCGGCGACGAGCUUGGUGAUGAGGAUGUCGAGGUCGAGAGCAAGACGGUGACUUUCGAGGAGCUGUUCGCGACGGCGUCUAAUUCCAGCGUCGUUGCCGCGCAGGCUUUCUACCAUGUGUUGAGUCUUGCGACCAAGAGACGUGUGUGGGUUGAGCAGGAUGUCGAUGCGGAGCUGCUGGAGCCGUUUGGAGAGAUCCGAAUUGGUGUACUAGCUUGA